AUGGCUCGAAGCCGAUGGUCUAGUCUGUCAGUCCCAGUCAACUUACCCGGUGUCGAGACGUUCAAGAUGCGCUCCCAGAUCCUCCUUGCUCUCCUGCCAGCGCUCGGCACAGAGGCCAUCCGCAUCAUCCAUGCCAACGAUGACGGCUGGGCAGAGCUCUAUACACGGUCCUUCCACGACGCUCUUGUUGCUGCCGGUCAUGACACGGUUCUAGCGGCACCGGCAGAAAACAAAUCUGGAACGGCAUCGUCCGACGCGGAACCCAGUCCCCGCACCGCAGCUUGCCAAUACGACUCCUGCCCGGCAAACACCAACCAGCCCAUCGGCCGCAAUGAAUCCUCGCCCCGUCUCAACUGGGUGAACUCGUUUCCUGUCACCUCGAUGCGCUACGGCAUCGACACCAUCGCGCCUCCUUUCUGGAACGGCCAGGCCCCCGAGCUUGCUGUUUCAGGACCCAAUGUCGGCAGCAACGUCUAUGUCCAGGUGCAUUUCUCCGGCACCGUUGGAGCAGCCCUCUUUGCUGCCAAGGAGAGAAGAGUGCCUGCCAUUGCUUUUUCUGGUCUGUCGAGUGGCACGCUUGCCUGGAACACGACCCCCGUUCCGACUCGCAGUCUGGUGUACGCGCAGGUGGCCAGCAAGCUCGUCGAUGCCGUGGUCAGCAGUGGCAAGCCUUAUUUGCCCGAGGAUGUUUUCCUCAAUGUCAACUUGCCCAAGGUCGAAGGAAAGUGCACUGAUCCCCACAACUUCAAAUUUGUGCUCAGCCGGAUCAAUGUUGGCUUGUUCAGCGCCAAAGACGUGUAUCAUUGCGGGACGGAUCGAUUGCCUUUGGAGGCCAGUGUGGCUCUUUCUGAUGAUUGCUUGGUGUCGGUGAGCGUGGGGGAUGCCAAUGACAAGACAACCGCGCCGAAGGAAAAGCAAGAUAUUGUGCUGAACAAGCUGAGGGGGCUUUUCACUUGCUUGCCAUGA